AUGACAUACUCUCCUAAAAUCGGAGACCCAAUCUCCACCCUCGACACCCCUUCCAUGAUUGUUGAUCUGGACCUCAUGGAAUCCAACAUCUCCAAACUCAUGUCUCAACUCCUCCCCACGGGCAUCAACAUCCGACCACAUCUUAAAACCACCAAGUCCGUAAUCCUAGCCCGGAAACUAAAUGCCGCGGGUGCAAAAGGUGGAUGUGUUGCAAAGCUCAGCGAAGCCGAAGUGAUGUGUGAACUCGGAUUCACUGAUUUGCUUAUCACGUGCGAGAUCAUUGGAGCAGCGAAGGUGAAGAGGCUAGUGGAGUUAUUCAGGAAGUAUAGGAGUAUAAAAAUUGUGGUGGAUAGUGAGGGUGGAGCGAGUGCUAUUAAUGAGGCACUCGAGAAGAGCGGGAUUGGAGAACCGAUCAUGACACUCAUUGACUUGGAUGUUGGAUUGCACAGAACGGGCGUACAGGCUGGGGAGCCGGCCUUAAAGCUAGCAAGGCAUGUUGUGGGGCUCACGCAUCUCAAGUUAAUCGGAGUACAAGGUUAUGAAGGGCAUCUCCAACAUGUGCACAACCGUGAAGAAAGAAAGCAAAUGUGUUUGGAGUCGAUGGCAACCUUGACUCAGACGGCGGAAGCAUUUCGCGAAGACGGCCACAAUAUCGAAGUCGUAACAACGGGAGGAACAGGCACAGCCGAAUUCUGUGUCUCAGUGCCCGGAGUCACCGAAGUCCAGCCCGGAUCCUUCCUCUUCAUGGACACGGACUACCGAAACGCAGUGGGUACAUUCUACUCCAACAGUCUCACGAUCCUCUCCACGGUCAUUAGCAAGCAGGGGCAGAAAUGUAUUACGAUCGAUGCAGGGUUAAAGUCUCUUACGACGGACAGUGGUCUUGCUGAGUGUAAGACGGUAGGGUAUACAUAUGGAGUUUUAGGGGAUGAGCAUGGGUCGUUGAGUUGGACCGAUAGUCCCGAUUUGAACGUUGGGGAUAGGGUAGAGAUGAUCCCGAGUCAUAUUGAUCCAACGAUCAAUCUUCACGACUUUUAUUACGCCCAUAGGAAGGGUGUUAUCGAGGAAAUUUGGGCCGUAGAUGCAAGAGGGAAAGUCCAGUAG